AUGCUUUUCUUCAGUUUCUUCAAGACCCUCACCAACCAAACCGUCACUAUCGAGCUCAAGAAUGACAUUCGCAUCCGGGGAAUCCUCAAGUCAGUUGACCAGUACCUGAACAUCAAGUUGGAUGACGUCGAGGUUUUGGAUCUGGACAAGUACCCUCACCUGUCAUCGGUGAAGAACAUGUUCAUUCGUGGAAGUGUGGUGCGCUACGUGAUGUUGCCCCGAUCGGAGGUUGACGUCGGCCUAUUGGAGGACGCUACACGACGAGAGGCUGCCAACCAGGUGGGCAAGGCUCGUUAA